AUGACCUGGCGUCCAGAUUACCCUGUUACACUUCCCGAUGGUCGCCUAGUGUGUCACACGCACGGCUUCGUAAUCUGCGGAGGCUGCUGUGUCGAUUACAGCUUCAUGGAAGAUACCGACACCGAAGAUGAAGACGUGGACGAAAGCGAUGCGUCUGAUGAUACACUGUCUUCCGAGGACAUGAAUGAAGGUCCUGCAGGCCUCGUUAAUACUCUCAGAGUCGGCACGGGACGCCUUAUUCCUACAAAGGCCAUCCCCCCCAAUGACAAAGCUACACCGCAUACCAAAGCUAUAUCACCCGUACGGCGGUUCAUUCGUCAAACCGACCCCGCAACGUUCCUCAUCUAUACGGAUGGUUCGUGUCUGAACAACGGCGAGGCGAAUGCCGUAGCUGGUUGCAGCUUCGUUUUCAAGCCCCUCGUGCAAGCCGGGGGUGUCAACUCUUGUCGCUUUCCUCUUGAGAGAGAAGGGCCUACCGGCGAACUCCACCCGCAAACAAGCAACCGCGCAGAACUGCGCGCCGUCAUUGCAGCUUUGCGAUUCCGGUACUGGCCUGGAGAAGGUUUCGAUCGUCUAGUGAUUGCGACAGACUCUGAAUACGUUGUCGAGGGUAUCACAUCCUGGAUACGUGGAUGGCUACGGCGAGACUAG